CGGGACCAUCUUUCCGCGGGUACAAUACCUUGACAUCUCCUGCAGCCCAGCCCGGCGGUUCUUCAUGCUUUUGCCGCGCACACAAUCGGCCCUCAUCCCUGGAAAGAAGGAAAAAAAGUCUCCAAUCUUCAACACAGUGAGAGAGAGUUGAAAUCAGAUGACAUAAAUUUCCCAUCUCUUCCACCUCCGACGUCCAGAACUAUUUCUUACCAGUUUGAUCUGAAACUAGGGUUUUCUAAUUUGAUUCGGAAGUUCCCCUUGGGCUUUCACAAGACAGGACAGGUUUAAGAACAGGUGAAGACUGAAGCACAGGCUUCAAUAUCUGGGAUGGGAAAGGGCUCGAAGAGCUGUGUGGGCAAGUCUGCAUCUUAUCAGCUAUUCAAGGACAGGGCUAAGAACCGGGUGGAUGAUCUGCAAGGGAUGUUCACUGAUCUGCAAUCCUUGAGGAAAGAGAGCCGUACUUCUGAAGUGUCAGUGCUCGAGGAACAGCUUAACCAGAUUCUUCGCGAGUGGAAGGCCGAGCUCAAUGAGCCUUCUCCUGCUUCUUCUUUGCAGGAAGGGAGUUUAGGAUUUAACACAUCAGACCUUUUAAGGCUAGUGCAGCUUGGUGAGGAGGAAGAUGAUGCCACCAGUGCAUUAGUGGCCCCAAAAUCUGAUCCUGAUGCACACAAAGUUUGUCAUGCUGCUGCUUAUCCAGAGGGUCUCAACGUAGCUCAGCUGACUCAGGAACACAACAUUCAGUUGGUUGACCAGUGCAAAACUGGUCCUUUUGGGGUUUGCAAUGUGGGUGGCAGUGAUAUGGUCCCCAAACAGUUGGGUCACCUACAAUAUGAAUUCCAUCCAGAUUUGGAGCAGUAUUUCCCCGGGAUUGACGGUGUAAAUCUUUGCCUUGAGGACAUUUUGCCAGCAAUUCACAUUAGUCCUCCACCUUCUGCAUUCUUGGGCCCCAAAUGUGCACUUUGGGAUUGCCCAAGACCUGCAAUGGUGUCAGAUUGGUGCCAGAAGUCUCAAGACUACUGCAGUGAUUACCAUGCUUCACUUGCUCCUAAUGAAGGCUUCCUUGGGCAUCCCCCAGUUGUUAGACCAAUGGGCAUUGGGUUAAAGGACAAUUUGUUUUUCCAAGCUCUCAGUGCAAAAGCACUUGGAAAGGAUGUUGGUAUUCCCGAGUGUGAGGGUGCAGCAACCUCAAAGUCUCCAUGGAAUGCUCCUGAACUUUUCGAUCUCAAAAUUGUUGAAGGUGAAACAAUAAGGGAGUGGCUUUUCUUUGACAAGCCCCGACGAGCGUUCGAGAGUGGUAACAGAAAGCAAAGGUCAUUACCUGAUUAUAAUGGACGUGGGUGGCACGAGUCAAGGAAGCAGGUGAUGAAUGAGUUUGGAGGGCUAAAAAGGUCAUAUUACAUGGACCCACAACCAAUGCAAAACUUGGAGUGGCAUCUAUAUGAAUACGAGAUCAACAACUAUGACACCUGUGCUUUAUACAGAUUGGAACUGAAGCUGGUGGAUGGAAAGAAAAGCCCCAAAGGGAAAGUGAACAAUCCAUCCGUUGCUGAUCUGCAGAAGCAAAUGGGGAGACUUAAUGCUGAAUUCCCUUCUGACACCAAACAACGUACUGUGGAGGGCAGUAAAGCAAAGGGUAGUUCUGGAUAUAGUCCUCCACCAAAGCAAUCUGCUCCUAAUUCUGAGGGGAUUUAUGCCACUGAUAAUAAUUUGGGUGGCUACUAUAUAACAUAGGCCUUUUCUCUUUCCUUAUUUAUUUUAGUUUGGAGUCACAUAUUUUGGUGCUCCCACUCUGGAAGUCUCACAUCGCUCUCCACUGGAGAAGUUGUGGUUUAAUGUCUGAGAAUUGCUAACUCCUAUUGCUAUAAAAAUGUACAGAGCCUUUAGAAAUGCUCCACCAGCCAAAACGCUCUAAUCAUCUUAUAGUGAUGAUUUUUGCUAAUUACUCCGUAAUAUUGAAUCUUGUUAAUGGAUUAUGGUUCUUGAACUUCGAGCAUAUUAGGAAUAUGGACAUGGUCUUAUGAUUAAUGAAAAUGAUAUUCAAAUAAGAUUGCUGCUUGGAUAUGG